AUGGCGCCCGGGCUUCUAAAUCCAGGCGCGGGAAUGGAAUUGUCUCCCAAAAGCCUGAGCAGCAGAGAAACCAGCUUUCUCAUCAGGGAACAAACAGGGAAUGCUAAACGAUACAAUUUGUUCCUGAAGCGGCGUCUUAUGUUUAAAAGAAGUCUCCAAAGCAAGGAUUCUAUCUUCUUCAGAGAUGGGAUUAGGCAAAUUGAUUUUGUGCUUUCCUAUGUUGAUGAUGUAAGGAGAGAAGGAGACAUAAAGGUGGAUAGAAGAAGAGAGUUUGAAAUAAAUCUCAGAAAAACAGGACUUGAGUUGGAAACUGAAGACAAAAGGGACUCUGAAGAUGGCAAAACUUACUUUGUCAAGAUCCAUGCUCCUUGGGAGGUAUUAGUUACCUAUGCUGAAGUGCUGGGCAUUAAAAUGCCUAUCAAGGAGAGUGAUAUUCCCCCACCCAAUCGAAACCCUUUUAGCUGUGUGCUUGGGCCUCUGAAGCUUGAAAAGAAUGUGACAAAUCCUUAUCCUGAAUAUUUCACCGCUCAAUUCACCAGACAUCGGCAGGAGCUCUUCCUCAUUGAAGAUGAAUCAACCUUCUUUCCAUCCUCAGCAAGAAACAGAAUUGUUUAUUAUAUUCUUUCACGAUGUCCUUUUGGUACAGAAGAAGGGAAGAAAAGGUUCGGGAUUGAACGACUGCUAAAUUCUAACACUUACUCAUCUGCUUACCCACUCCAUGAUGGUCAAUAUUGGAAGCCAUCAGAACCUCCCAGUCCUGUCAAUGAGAGAUAUGUACUCCAUAAGAAUUGGGCUCGAUUUUCCUAUUUUUAUAAGGAGCAACCAUUAAAUUUGAUUAGGAAAUACUAUGGAGAAAAAAUUGGCAUCUAUUUUGUCUUUCUUGGAUAUUACACAGAAAUGCUGUCCUAUGCAGCUGUAGUUGGCUUAGCUUGUUUUAUUUACGGCUUAUUAUCAAUGGAAGGUGACUCAAGCAGCCAUGAAAUCUGUGACCCUGAAAUUGGAGGUCAAAUAAUCAUGUGCCCACUCUGUGACCAGUUAUGUGACUAUUGGAGAUUGAAUACUACGUGUUUGGCCUCAAAGUUCUCCCAUUUAUUUGAUAAUGAGUCAACAGUGUUCUUUGCAAUAUUCAUGGGAAUUUGGGUCACACUGUUUUUGGAGUUUUGGAAACAGCAACAAGUCAAACUGGAAUAUGAGUGGGACAUGGUAGACUUUGAAGAGGAACAGCAGCAGCUUCAGCUGAGACCUGAAUUUGAAGCUAUGUGUAAACACAGGAAAUUGAAUGCAGUGACUAAGGAGAUGGAACCUUACAUGCCUUUAUAUAGUCGUAUUCCAUGGUACUUACUCUCAGGAGCCACAGUGACAUUAUGGAUGUCUCUUGUCCUUGCUUGUAUGAUAGCUGUGAUUGUGUACCGACUGUCAGUCUAUGCUACAUUUGCUACCUUCAUGGAAUCUGAAGCAACCUUAGAGCCUGUUAGAAGUAUCCUUACUCCUCAGCUGACCACGUCACUCACAGGAUCAUGCUUGAACUUUAUUGUCAUCUUAAUGUUGAAUUUCCUUUAUGAAAAGAUAUCUGCCUGGAUCACAAAAAUGGAACUUCCUCGAACUCACCAGGAGUAUGAAAGCAGUCUUACCUUGAAAAUGUUCCUAUUUCAGUUUGUAAACUAUUACUCGUCCAUCUUCUAUGUGGCUUUCUUUAAAGGGAAGCUUGUGGGCUAUCCUGGAAAAUACACAUAUAUGUUUCAAAUAUGGAGAAGUGAAGAGUGUGAUCCUGCAGGCUGCCUAAUAGAACUGACAACUCAGUUGACGAUAAUAAUGUUUGGGAAACAGUUAUUUGGAAACAUUAAAGAAGCCAUUUAUCCUCUUGUUUUGAAUUGGUGGAGACGCCGAAAAACUCGGACAAACUCUGAGAAAUUAUACAGUCGAUGGGAGCAGGAUCAUGACCUGGAAUCUUUUGGAAACCUUGGUCUGUUCUAUGAGUACUUAGAAACAGUUAUCCAAUUUGGAUUUGUAACAUUAUUUGUGGCCUCUUUUCCUCUGGCUCCUCUUCUUGCUCUUUUGAAUAAUAUUAUAGAGAUCCGAGUAGAUGCCUGGAAACUUACUACCCAGUAUAGGAGACCUGUAGCUGCUAAAGCCCAUAGCAUAGGAGUUUGGCAAGACAUUCUUUACGGGAUGGCUGUUCUUUCCGUUGCAACUAAUGCCUUUAUUGUUGCAUUUACAUCGGACAUCAUUCCUCGUUUAGUCUACUUCUACGCCUACUCAACAAAUGCCACGGAUCCUUUAAGAGGAUAUAUCAAUAACAGCCUGUCAGUAUUCCUGAUAGCUGAUUUUACAAACCGCACUGCACCCACGGAGAAACGAGAUAUCCUCACUUGCAGGUACAGAGACUACAGAUAUCCUCCAGAACAUGAAUUAAAAUAUUCUCCUAAUAUGCAAUUCUGGCAUGUACUUGCUGCCAAGAUGACUUUCAUCAUAGUUAUGGAACACGUUGUGUUUUUAGUUAAAUUUUUGUUGGCGUGGAUGAUCCCUGAUGUUCCAAAAGAAGUUAUAGAGAGAAUCAAGCGAGAAAAGUUAAUGACUAUCAAGAUUAUCCACGACUUCGAGCUCAACAAAUUGAAAGAGAACUUGAGACUUAAUUCCGAUCUUUUAGCCAAGGAAGUCAUGAUUCAGGAAAACAAAGUACAGCUGGUGAAAUCAACCAUGUAA